CGAUAAAGCUUAGUAGGCACUGUCUUGAAACCACGAGAGCAACAAUGGCUCCCAGCAAUGAGAUUGUGGAACCUAUUACUUACGUGCCCAUUGAUGUGGAUCCAUUGGAAGAGAUUGCCCGAGAGCAGUUGGAGUGGCAGUCCCUGGUUCUCUGGCGUCGUCCUGUGCAGACCUUGAAGUACGGAACCCUGGAGGCCGGCCAGUUACUUAUAUCCUUCGCCGCCAAGCUCGUAAAUCUUCGGUUGGGGAGCGUUCUAGUGUUUUUCGCCAUGAUCUGUCUUCUGCCUGGGCCCCAUGCGAAGUUCGUGAUAUUCUGCCAGCAGAGAUUCGGAUUCGUGGUCUACUGGCUGGGUCUGGGAGUGCUCUCAUCCGUGGGCUUUGGCACCGGACUGCACACCUUCCUGCUCUACCUUGGUCCCCACUUGGCCGCAGUCACGCUGGCCGCUUACGAGUGCCAAACUUUGGAAUUACCGAUCCCACCGUAUCCCGAGAUGAAGGUAUGUCCACCGGAACCGUAUAAGCGUCAUAUCCCAGAUGUCUGGGAAAUACUAUCGAAGAUCAGGCCGGAAGCUCUGCUCUGGGGCGUGGGCACGGCCCUUGGCGAGUUGCCGCCGUAUUUCAUGUCCCGCCGAGCACGGCUUGCCGGAAAGGAGUUGGACGGAGCGGAAGCCGAGGAGUUAUUGGCAGCCAAGCGACUGAGCGGAGACGUCAGUCUUCUGGACAGAGCCAAGUUCUUCAUGGAGGGGGUUAUGCGAAGGGUGGGCUUUCUGGGCAUCUUACUGUGCGCCAGCGUGCCCAAUCCCCUGUUUGACCUGGCUGGAAUCACUUGCGGCCACUUUCUCGUGCCCUUCUGGAAGUUUUUUCUGGCCACCCUGAUCGGCAAGGCGUUGGUCAAGGCCACCAUACAACAGUUGUUCGUUAUCGCGUCGCUUACUGAGAAUCUGGUUAAUAAGUUUGUGUCCUGUCUGGGCAAGCUGCCCUAUCUUGGUGCCCCGUUGCAAUACAUCAUCACGGACAUCUUGCGGUCCACCAAGCAGCAGAUGCACGGCAACGGAGAUUCCGAUUCCCUGGCCUAUCUUGGCCUGGUGGUUCGAGCCUUCGAACUGUGCGCCUUCAUCAUGGUCGCCUUUUUUGUGGUAUCCUCACUGAACUGCCUGGCUCAAAUCCAUUGCAAGCGGCAGCAGGAGAGGCAGCGCAAAAUUAGAAACCUGGAGCUGAUCCUAUAUGCCGACAAAGAGACAUCCUCAUCGGAGGAGUUCACCAUCUAAGCGGGAGUUAAUAUAUUUUGUAUUUCAAAAGUGGAUUUGACUUGAUUGCUUUUUUAUAUUUUUCAUUUGGAUAUGUUGCUUAAAACUUCACCCAGAAUUUAAAUUUUUAUAAUUGGAUAGAAUCUGAAUUUUUUGGAACUUUUCGACUUUUGAAAACAGAUUUAAAUUCUUGGUUAUCAAUAUAAGCAUAUAACCUUGUUCAAUACUUACUUUUGUUUUUUAAAAGAUAGUUAAACAACUAA